CUAAAAAAAAAAAAAAAAAAUUCUGAGUAUAAUUAGUAAAAAAAAUAAAAUAGUGUAAUUUGUCACAUUGCUUACAUAUUAGAUUGUAAUGUGCUGCUGUCUUUACUGUAGGUGAUGACUCGACCAUUUAGAGUUUCAACCUGUUCUGCGUGCGUGUCAACAAAUGAUUAUAGCAUUUAUGUUGUCAUCGACAUUUUCUUUUUUUACUCCCCACACACCCACUAACGAACUCAAACACACUCAGACCCACAUCAUACUUAUUUUUCUUCCAGCACUCAGACACUCUGCAUUCAUUCAUAAGACUAAAGUAUAUGUUUCACUCUCAUCCGCCUGGAUGGCUCCUUCAACGUGCUGAAAUCCUGGCACAGGAAUGUUACUCUCCUCCGACUCCUCGGUGUUAUAUCUUCAUACAUCUUCCAUAUUCCUUCUCCCGUCCAGCCAUACUCCACUGUGGUUUCACACUAAAAUAAGUCUAAAUAUAACCUUAGGCCAUGUUUGCCUCCCAGCAGCACCUCUGCUCUGACAGGCGGCCCUGUACUUAGUGGUUAUGAGAUGAGUGCAAAAGGGACAACAGAUGGAGAGCAACGUGUGGAGGAAUCGAUAAAUCUUUCAACGCAGCGAUCACACUUUAUUUGGUUUCUUGUGUAAUAACUUUUAUGUCCGUUGUUGCUUUCAGUUUAAAAUUAAAUCCUGUGUGUUCAAAAACCUUGUUUUUCUUCUCCGCUGUCGGUUUGUGCACCAAAUAACACAUUCUCUUCUUUGUUUUUCUUCAAAUAAAUGAGUUGAUUCAACUUUAAAGACAACACUGUUGGAAUGGACGACAUGUCUUUUUAUCGUCUAAACAAGAAAAUCUAAUUUUAUUGAGGGGGAAUGUGUGUUUUUUGUGGUUGAAACCUGACACUUGGGCUGUGGAGCUGGUGAGCAGAGAGAAAGAAAGAAAGCAGGGUGUCAUUGCCUACCAUCACCACUGAGGUGCAUGUCCCUCUGCACUGCAGGUCGAGCAGUUGCUAAAGUCACUUCAACGAGUUUAUCAGUGGAUUUUGGUGAACAUGAACAUCCUGCUAGUCCUGGGUCUCCUACAGCUGCUGGCUAUACCUGCUUUAACUUUAACGCGAACAUCUCGCGACUACUGGGGAGAGUUCGGGGCCUAUGGGUCCUGCAGCCGCACAUGUGGCACAGGAGUGGCAAAGAGAACCAGGAAAUGUAUCACGUCAAGAACAGACGGUGGACAUAACUGCAUAGGAUCCCCCAAUUCAUUCCAAACCUGCAACACACAGGAAUGUCCAGUUGGGUCCAUGGACUUCAGGGAAGAGCAAUGCUCCCACUUUGACAGAUUUGACUUUCAGGGCAUUUAUUACUCCUGGGUGCCUUACCAUGGAGCGAGCAACCCAUGUGAGCUCAACUGUCUCCCAAGAGAAGAGAACUUCUUCUAUCGCCAAAGCCCUGCAGUGAUAGAUGGAACACCAUGCUACGGCGGGGGCCGCACUGAUAUCUGUGUGGAAGGCAUCUGCAGGUUGCUGACCCAUGAAGAAUUUAUGGGCUUAGAUGAAGACGUCACUGACUUGCCCUCCGCUGGUUCUGUCGCACCUGAGCCAAGCGAGACGCACACGUAUGUCUAUAAAACUGGUGUGUUCGGGGAGUGCUCGGCCAACUGCAGUGGGGGCAUGCAGCACCGCAGUGUGGAGUGCUGGCUUCAGGAUCCAGUGAACCCCCAUGUGGUGGAAGAGACUCACUGCAUUAGCCAGCACCUGCAGCGGCCUCACAGUCAACAGGCGUGCAACAUGCAUCCGUGUGCUGCUGAGUACAGUGUCUCAAGCUACAGUGUGUGUUCAGUUACCUGUGGGGAAGGUGUGAAGGCAAGGGAGGUGAUCUGUGUGGGACCAGGACUAGAACAUCUGGAUGACCACGCCUGCAGUGGACUGGAACGACCUCCUACUGUCAAGGCGUGCCGAAGACCUGCCUGUUACACGCACAUCACCUGGCACGUGACCGAGUACGGACUGUGCACUCGGAGCUGUGGUGGGGGUGUGAGGGAGAGGAGGGUGAACUGUUUCGACACAGAUUUGAACCCGUACCCUGAGACUCAGUGUGGACUAGACAGCAGACCUGUUUCUGUGGAGGAAUGCAACACACAAGCAUGCCACGGAGCCCAGAUGGUUCCAAGUGUACAGGAUCCAAGGCCACAUGCGAGCAUCAUUAGAGGAUAUGUGCCCCAUGUUACAGAGGAGCCUUCAGCUUCUGGGCCACAGACCAGUGAUGCUUACGAUCCCCACUCACCUGUGAAUGUCCCUCAAUGUGGACAUUCAUUUUAUGGCUGUUGUCCUGAUGGCCUGACCUCUGCCACUGGACCCGAGAACGAAGGCUGCCCCCACGAUGACUAUGACUGUGUUCACACUAGGUAUGGCUGUUGUUCAGACGAGGUGACUCCAGCUCAAGGAUUUGGCAGAGCUGGAUGUCCAGAGUAUCAGACAGCUGAGGUGCACUCACCACCCUCAGUCACUCCACCCACUGGUGAUGUGUGCUCGCUGCCUCGUGAUGAGGGGCCCUGUGAUACAUGGGUGGCCCGGGUUUACUAUGACUUGGCCACUGGUAAAUGUGUUGAUUUCUGGUAUGGAAGCUGCCAUGGAAAUGCCAAUAACUUUGCGUCUCUGGAAAUCUGCCACAUGGAGUGUGGGCAUGUGGCGAUGGAGCCCCGACUCCCACCUCGCAGGGCGAUGCCAAGAAGAGGGUCACUCAUGGGUGCUCUGAGAGCAAGGGCAUAACACUGCACACAGUUUUACCUCCAGUACAUAAGCAGGUUUUCUCUCUAAGUAUUUACAGUCAAAGACAAGAAUAUGUGUUGUGAAAUGUAUCCAAUUUCAUUGAAACAUCAGAAUUUACAUUUUUAAUAAUUUAAUGCUCUCACAUUCAAACUCACAUGGUCUCUGAUGUUAUUGAUUUUUUUGUGACAUUCACUUUAUUCAUUUGUGCUUUGCCUUAUGGUUUAGAGUAAAGUAAAAUUAUGUCAAUGUGAUUACAAGAGUUAAGUUUUACUUCACAUGAUCAAUAAACCUUUAGCCAUUGUUAACCUUGACAUAAAUGUGUGG